GAAUGAGUCAGAGAAAACGCUGUGAGCGCAAACCGACUGAGUACGUGCAAAGUAAGCCCCGGUAAACAGUGAAAUUGAAAUGUGAGAGCACGAAAUGUUAUUGACCGGAGGAAGUGUUGGUAGUGCUUCACGAGCAAACGAACGUUGGAAAAACAAGCUACGAUUACUUCGAAUGUCUAUAAGAGAGCUGGUUGGGCUGUUCUGCAGUCUACUAAAAGCAAACGGAGUGUUAACACAUGUAUUUAAUACGGUGACUGUAUCAAGCAACUGUUGAAUUAUAUUUAAGUGAUAUAUAUUGAAGUGUGCAGAAUUGAACGGAAGAAAUGGAAUAAAGUCACAAACAUUUAUAAUGUAUAUUACGAAUACAAACUUAUAACCAAAUAAAUGAGUUCAAGAGAAUCUAUGUGAAUAAAUAAUUGUGGGAAGCUUUGUCAUGCUGGGGAAAAUCGAAUUAAGUAAAAACCAUGAUAAUUUUGUUAAAAAUAUAUAAACAAUGAGUAUACAAGUGAAGAAAAUAAAGAAAGUUAAUGUAAAAAAGUGUACAAACCAUAGUUUCAAGCCUAAUCAGUUUCAAUUAUAAAAUACCAAUUGAGAAAUACCCCAAUAAAAUUUAUACAUGCAUCUACAUAGUUUGUACAAAUGAAUAAAUCACAUCAACAACGAAUGCAAUAUCUAUAAAUAAGCCAGUGAAAAGACCUAAUAACCUUAACUCAAGAGAAAACAAAACAGGAGCAGAGCAGAACAUAAUAAAAGCUAUACUUUUAGCGAAUGUUAAUGAUAACGACAAAAAAAUGACUGUGAUGCAGGAUGUGAAGUCUACAGAUGCUUGUGUGGCGGGCAUUAAUUGCUGUUCUAAUACUGCUAACUCGGAAACGUCAAUCGACAAAUCAUCUGUUUGUAUGAAUCCCAGUUCCACGAGUAAUGUUUUGUACAAGCCGAGUAAUUAUGACAAUUGGGAAUCCAAUUUUAACCUUUGCAAACAGAUUGAUAUCGAAUUCGAAAAUGUGAAGUACAUAGUGCGGAAGUUUAAUUUUCAUGAACGAAAAUUUGUAACGAAGGAGAUUUUACAUGGGAUUAACGGCGCAUUCCGAGCUGGGGAACUUACCGCCAUAAUGGGUCCAUCAGGCUCUGGAAAGAGUACACUACUCAAUGUAAUGACAGGCUUUAGAGCCACUGGUGUAACAGGCACAAUAUGUAUCAACGGGGAUCCCAUUUCAACAAACUCACCCAGUUUUCGAGAACUUUCUUGUUAUAUACAUCAAGACGACUUGUUGAGGCCACUGAUGACCAUUGGUGAAACGAUGAUGUUAGCCGCACAUCUCAAGCUGGGCUUCAGUACAUCCAAGGAAUACAAACAAAACUUGAUCAAACAUAUAUUGGCCCUGCUGGGAUUGGAGCAUCGGUAUCAUGUAUUUGCGGGGAAGUUGUCUGGCGGCCAGAAAAAACGACUGGCCAUAGCACUCGAACUGAUAAGCAAUCCCCCCGUUUUGUUUUUGGACGAGCCAACUACUGGUUUGGACAGUUCGUCGUGCAGUCAAUGUGUAUCGCUAUUAAAAAAGUUGGCAUCUCUCGGUCAUACCAUAGUGUGUACCAUUCAUCAGCCUAGCGCAUUGAUUUUCGAGAUGUUCGACAAACUAUACACUGUUGUUGAUGGAAGUUGCAUCUACCAAGGGCCAGUAAGAGAGCUUGUACCAUUCCUAGAAGGGCAGGAUCUGGUGUGUCCAAGUUAUCACAAUCCAGCAGAUUUUCUGCUGGAGGUUGCGGUGGGGGAGCACGAUCGCGAUUUAGUAAAACUCAUAAAUGCAGCAAACAAAAAGUAUCACGAAGAUGCAGAUAACCAACAAAUAAAUGUGCAACGCUUGCUAUCUCGUAUUAAAAGUAAAGAUGCGUGCAGCAAAAUCGCUGGCAAUUUGAAACGUUUCCCCAACGUUAUGUCCAAACUUACGUCCUUCGAUUACGUAAAACCCGCCGCGGACGAAGUGGCUUUGGAGGAAGUGAAAUCGCUGAAUGCCAGUGUCGGCACAAGGGAAAAGUUGGAUGAUAAAGAUUGCGAUGCUUGCCCAACAGGCCGUGGGAAAAUUAAUGGCCGACGUAGCACGGCCUAUAAGGCUUUACACACCGAGCAGGCCUCAUUUAUAAUGCAAUAUUUUCUGCUUCUGAAUCGGAUCUUUAUAUGUGCCCGACGGAAUUAUUUCUUGUUGUUGGCUCGGUUGAUGUCACACAUUGUAAUUGGCUUGGUAUUUGGUUACUUGUAUAUGAAUGUCGGCGAUAAAGCGACCACUGUGCUCGGCAACUACGUCUAUUUGUACGGUACAAUUUUAUUGUUGGUCUACACCGGCAAAAUGGCUGUGGUGCUAACAUUUCCUUUGGAAAUUGGAAUGCUGACCCGAGAACAUUUCAACCGGUGGUACGGUCUUACUCCAUACUUCUUAUCGAUGUUGUCUUUUGAAAUACCAUUUCAGAGUAUUUGCGCAGUAAUUUACAUGGCCAUAAGCGUUUACCUAACUGGCAACAACACAAAUGAGUGCUUUCGGAUAUAUUACUUCGUCGUAUUGGCCGUUUUGGCGACACUUAGUGCUCAAGCCUGGGGCUUCUUUGUCGGUGCCACGCUACCUACCAAAUUGGCAGUUUUCUUGGGUCCCAUUCUGGCAGUAUUGUUUUCAGUGUUUGGGUUCUGCACGCGAUACAUCGAUAUCACGCCUAUCUUUCGCUGGAUGUGGCAUAUCAGCUAUUUUCGAGCAGGUUUCCACGGCGCACUUAAUGCUAUUUAUGGCUUGGAACGCCCAUUUCUAACAUGUCCGGAUACUGCAAUGUAUUGCCAUUUCCGAAGUCCCAAAGUAUUUCUCAACUACAUGAUGAUAUCGGAUGUAAAUAUGGCUGACUGCGUCACACUGAUGGUUGUCGUGAUUGUCGUUAUGCAUAUACUUACUCUAAUAACGCUCUGGCACAAAUUGAACAAACGUUAA